GGGUGAACAACCACUGAAUUUUAGUUUUGGGGGGUUGAUGGGGCCGGCACGUGACUCGUCGUUGCCAGUGAAACCCAAACAAUAACUUGGGAGUAUUUCCUGGAAACUUCGCUGUUCCACACAUUGUUUUGGGUUUUUUAAGGAGUAAUUAGAGGAAAUGCCAUGCACACAAAAUGACAUCGUCAACUUCGAUACGAAAACUGCCCAUCUACCGUCAACUAUCUCUAACGUGCGAUUCGCCCCAUCAAAAACGCAAAAGUCUCAGGAAGCAAUUUUCCCAAGACAUUGUCGAUUUUAAAGAUCCAUGGUUCGAGCAUCGCGACGUACACAUAACAGCCAAAAAUAAGAAAAAUGAAAAAAACAACGCAGAUAGACCUCCAGUGAAAAUUGCAUGGGCCAAUAAUGAAAACUUUUCCCUUAACGAUGAAGUAAUUAUUAAAAAAUGUAGUAAAGAAAUUAAAAAGGUUAGUAGUGGUAAACUUAUAAGGCAUCCUUCGUUGGAGAAAGAUUCGAUUUUGAGUUCGAAGCAAGAUCUUUGCGAAAGGCUUAAAAAUAACAACAAUAACACCAAUGAAAAAACAGAGGUGAAACCUAAUUUACAAAUAUACUUAGCGCACAAUACACAAGAAAACCGUAAUCUUGAUAGCCAAAAUAAUUCUGUAGAUAAUAGUGACCAAUUUUUGAUAGAAAAAAGUCAACCAAAGUAUUUACAACCAUUAGUAACGUCACAACAAAGUUUCCAAAUAAAGAAAACUAGCAAUAAGAAACCUUUAGAAUCACCCAAAGCGGCUGAAACAAUGAAUCAAAAAAGGCCAAAUUUUACCAGAAGCAAUACUAUAGUAGUAGUACCUUUGGUUGUUGAAAAAGAAAAAGAAGAAGUACAAAACAACGACGGCAUCAACGUGAUCAUACGACCGAUGACAGCACAAAGUAGACGCGAAAAAUUCCAAAAACGUACCGGAUCAGCAUUUCACGGUACCUCAAAAGACAUCCAAAUAAACAUAAGACCUCCUUUAGUAAGAUCAAGCUCAGCACCUAGCACCAAGCCGGAAAAAAGCAAAUUUCUCGCCAGCAAACGAAAACUGAAAAGCUCCAAGAAAUUCAACUCGCCUAAAGACGAAACUAGUAAAGCUGAGGUUCAAGAAUGGAAGAACGCAGCUCAAACAGGCUCGGAAAUAGUGACGAUGGUAUCGCUGAUUAGUCCAAGUGGAAGUGAAAACGAAGAUGGGUCUGAGGAUGAAAAGGAACGGCCGAAAUCCGUACUGAAGAGCGUCGGUGAAAAAGCUGUCAAAGAGGAAAUUGCUGGCAAAGAUAAUACGAAACAUUUUUCGUUGAGGAAAACUGUUAAAUCAGUUUCCUUUCAACAAUCGAGCAUACACGCGGUACGAAGUUUUUCGGCGAGUUUUCCUGCGCGCAGAGGUUCGAUGGCCACCGCGCUGACGUUAGGUACUAACGGAACGAGUACCACAAAGACGCACCAGGAAAAGAGAGGCACCAAUCCCAGUUCUCCAGACAGUGACGAACGAGUGCCCAAACGGCGAUUGGUUAGAAGCAAUACGGAAGAAUCGAAAACUACUGCCUGGCAGAGAGCUACAACUCAAAUAAGCCACAUCAAAAAAGCCACCUCGGUAAAAAUCAACGAAAACGUAAUCGCGGUGGACGUCCAUGCCAAAACCGACAAGAACGGGACCGCGGAAAAUUGUCCAGAGACUUCGAUGAAACUAAAUCUAGAGGAAAAUGUCAUAUUGAUAACGCCAGAUGUCAAUGAGAAGAGCGAAACGCAAAAAGAAGAAGAGAAACCCAACGACGAGGAACCCACUUACGACACGCCGAAAGAGAAACAAUGCUGGGCGAUGUAUUGUAAAAUGACGGAAAAAGGUAUAAACGUGUCUUACGAUACUAUUUUGAGAGGUAUGCUCACUCCGACAGAAUACAGGAUCAGACGCAAGACUUCGAUUGCCGAAGAAAUGAAUUUGCUGGUCAAUCCGCCGUCUUCGUCGGAAGACGUUGGGCCCAAACCCACUACGCAAGAGGAUCUUAUGAAACCAAAAAACCAAAUUUAGAUUAAAUAUUUAUUGUUAUUUUAUAGAAAUCGAUUAUUUUUAGAUACUAGAGGUUUAAUACACACGACAAAGAGCUGUUUGUGACUCUUGGAAUAAAGUUUAGAUUUAGAAAAAUAAUUAUGAGUUUUUCUCAGCUCCUCUCUAAACGAACAUUCUUAUACCUAUUUCAUAAUAAAUCAGUAAAUAGGCUCAUUUAACU